AUGGACCCGAGGGUCAUUCGUGGACUACCUAGGGAGAUGUCAAUCGAUGACGUCAAAGAGGAUCUAGUGAGCCAAGGUAUCGCAGACGCCGAGGUUCAGCAGAUGACCUCAAGGACCACCAAGAAGCCACUUCCGCUCUUCCUCGUCAAGACGAAGAUGCCGGAAAAGCUUCUAGAGGUCCAGAGGCUGGCCAUGCUCACGGUCAGCUUCGAGAGAAAGAAAAAGUCCACCGAGCCCAGCUAA